CAGGCAGUUGUUUGGCUCCAUCGAAGAGCCCAGUCAUCCUGUGUUUGUGUACUUUACCCGCUACGGUGAACUUUUAUUCGGGAUGCUAAUGCUAGCUUAGCCCCGGCGCCGCCAGCCAUGUCUUCCCAGAGCAGCGCUGCUGGAGGGAUCCAAGGGCUGCUGCUCAAACUUCACGAGUCACUUUCAGACGAAGACAGCCGAGCCGCAGCCCUGAAAUGCCACGAUAUUAUCGGGGAUUUGGGACAGGAGUGCAUGCUAGCACCGACCGAGAAUGAACUUGUUUUACAGACGUCCUUGUUGUUCUCCAAAGACUAUGGACUCCUCAGCUUCCUCAGGAAGUCCCUGCCAUCGGAGGAGCUGCGGGACACCCGGGUCGAGAUCUUGUGUUUUCUGGAGAAGUUUUUGGACAAAGUCUCACCAAGAGUCAAAGGCUGGGAAAAGACUUACGCCACGGACAUAAGAGACGUGUGCAUGACCGUGUACACGAAGGAGAAAGUAGCCAAAUGUAGGACUCCAGUGCUGGAGCUCCUUAUUAAGGUUCUCCAAACAACAAAGGCUUCCAGCGUCGCUGCAGACUUUAGAAUCGGUGAAAUAUUCAACAAAUUCUACAGCGAGCUGUGUCAGAAGAGCAAACUGCCAGAUUCAGUUCUUGGUAAAAUCUAUGAGCUGCUGGGAGUUCUUGCAGAGGUCCACCCCAGUGAGAUGGUAAACAACUCAGACAAACUCUACAAGGCCUAUCUAGGAGAACUGAAAGAGCAGAUGACUUCUUCCACAAAGGAACCCAAGCUUUUUGUUGUUGCUGGAUGUUUGAGAGGAAUCACUGCCCUCAUGGUCAACUUCUCUAAAACCAUGGAAGAAGAUCCAGCAACAUCCAAGGAGAUUUUUCAAUAUGCCUUCAAGGCAAUCAGUCCCCAGAUGGAAAUGACUCGCUAUGCCGUCACCUUUGCUGGCCUCAGAUUAUUUUCCAAACACGCGUCCCAGUUCAGCAGCUGCCUGAUGGACCACUACAGAGCUCUGUUUGAGAUCAUGUCCAAGCUCUGUGGACACAUCAACGCUGAGAUGAAGAAGACAAGUUACUACGCACUCGAGGCGUUUCUCAAACAGGUUGCUAUGUUGGUGGCCGAGAACAUCGAGGAGCACAAAAGCAAGUUGAAGUUCUUCAUGCAGAAGUUCUGCGGCAUCAUUAAGACCAUGGACUCCACACACAAAGAGCUGUCUAUCGCCAUACGAGGAUAUGGAUUCUUUGCAGCUCCGUGCAAGAAGGUUUGCCCACAAGACGUUGACCUGAUGUACACAGAGCUGAUUCAGCGCUGUAAGCAGAUGUACCUGACAGAGUCUGACGGGGAGGACGACAGCUUCUACCAGCUGCCCAGCUUCCUGGACUCUAUAGCCAGUGUCCUUAUUCACCUGGACAAGAUCCCAGAGGUCUACACGCCGCUGCUGGAGCGCCUCCUUGUGGUGCAGAUCGACAGCUUCCCUCAGUACAGCGAGAGAAUGCAGACCGCUUGUUGCAGGUCCAUCCUUAAGGUGUUGGUGGCCAUGGCCUCUAAAGGACCUGUUCUCUGGAGUUUCAUUAGCUCUGUUGUGCACCAGGGCUUGAUUCGUGUCUGUUCAAAACCCAUCAUGCUUGCUGAGGAUGCUAGAAACGGUCCCUCGGAGGCUUCCCAAGUCCGUACUGGAAACUGGAAAGUUCCAUCUAGUCACAACUACCUUGUCCUGUAUAAGAACCUUUUAGACUGUGAUCAGUUGAAGGAUUCAGGAUUUUUGGAUGGAGCUUUUGAAAGUCAGAAUGCUGCUCUCGGCUCUUUAAGCCGUCUUCUGUACGAUGAGUUGGUGAAAUCAAUCCUCCGCAUCGUGGAGAAACUGGACUUGUCUGUGCAGAAAGUAGUAACUGGAGAGGAGGCUCCAGAUGAUGCAGCCCACGUCCUGCCCUCCUCCGACCCCACAGCUCAUCUACUGCCCAACAAGAUCAAAGAUUUCACCGCCUUUAUCAACCUGGUUGACUUCUGCAGCGAGUUGUUGCUGACUAAACACGUGGAGUACUUUCAGUCUUGGAUGUAUCCGCUAAGCCACGAGCUCAUCCUCCACUCCAUACGAAAUCCACUCGUCAGUGGCUUUUACAAGCUGCUGUCUGUCACCAUGAGAAUUGCAAAGAGAAUCAAGUACUACCAG